AAUCAAUUGGUUAACGUUGAGAAGACGGUUGUGUGUCUCGUUUGUAUCAUCGCGGAUCGUGUCGUCAGUGUUGUUCUACGGGGUGAUAAUGAUGAUCGCCGAAAAAAUACAUAAUAACUCGUUUCCAUUGAUUUUACGACUAAAUUCUUUUGUCGGAAUUAUUGAUUUUAAUAAAAACCACUAGUAUUGACUGAAAUCACGAUUAGAAGAUAUCUUAACGUUAAACUAAUCGGUUAGAUCUUUUUUAUUUCAAUUUUUUAAGUUCUAAGUUAGUGUCUAAAAGAGUUACUGUGAUUUGAGAAAAUAUACAAAAAUAUAAGUAAAGAUCUUUUUAUAGAGGGUACUUUUAUUUCAAUAUGAAGUCUUCAAUAAUUGGAUUUUUCAUACUCUUGAUUGGAUUAUUUACAAAUGGUAACGCUCAAUUACUAGGACGAAUUCUUGGCUUUCCCGGAGCUCGCAAUCAACAAGGUUUUGCCCCACAAUAUCAACAGCAAUACUACCAACCUCAAUACCAACAACAGUACUACCAACCUCAGCCACAACAACAACAACAACAACAACAACAACAACAACAACAACAACAACAAGCUUCUAUUUCAACAGCAGACAGUGAAGCCUACAAUCGCGACUUGAAACUUGGCAAUUUUGGUACUCUGAAUGGAGGACUUAGCCAAUCCCAAACCCAAACACGCGACUCAAAUGGUGGCUUGAGUGCAGAAAGAAGUACUUCCGCCAAAAAUGGCAUUCAAUUAGGUAACCUGGGAAUCUCUAACACCGCCACCGGAUCGCAAGCCAUAAACAAUGGUCAAGUAUCAGGAGAGUUAUCAAAUAACUUCCAAAUUGGUGAUUUUGGUGUUGAUUCAAGUAUAUCGAGAGAAAACUUGAGAAAUGGUUUUGGCAUCCAUCAAUCGAAAAAUGGUGGACUUGAAUUGGGUCUAGGCUUCUUGAAUGUUGAUUUAUCUAGAAAUAAUCCACCAGCUAAUCAAGGACAAACUGCUACCAGCGCUCAAGUUACAGCUGAAGGUGAAGCUGCCAAUGCUGAUUCAAAGAGUAAUACCGACAGUCACACGGAUCAGUUAGGAGGACUUACCAGUACUCUGACACACUCCAAGUCAAAUGCCCAAGGAUCAGCUUUGAAUGGAAAAACAACUGGCAAAGCAGCUGGUUUGAUUUCGGGUUCUCCCAAUUCUGUGGAAUCAGGUGGAUGGUUGUUCCCACGAAGAAGGUUUGUUAGACAAGGUUUCUACUUCCCAGAAGAUGAAGGAGGCUACAAUCAAGGUUUUAAUGACCGAGAAAGGCGUAGAAACAGACAUCAUGGUGGAAGACAUGGUCAAGGGCAACAGAAUUCCGGUGCUGGUGCUAAUGCCGGUGCUCAAGGAGGUUUCGGUCAACAAACUGGUGCUGGUGCUCAAGGUUUCGGAAAUCAACAACAGGGUUUCAAUAACAAUGCUCAAGGUUUUACCAAUGGAAAUGAUCCAAACUUCAUGCAACAAGCCGCUGCCAAUACCAAUUCCCAGAACAUUGUCAACGAAAACGGACAGUUUCAGGAUAAUACCGCUUCCAGUAUUACAUCGAACCUUGCCAACGAUGGUUCCUCAGGUCAAGUCAGCGCAGCCAAUACCGCUCAACAAAGUUAUCAAGACGCCGACGGUGGUUCUGGAGACAGAAACGCCGCUCAAAGUCAGUCGCUCAACUUCCAAAAAGAUCUUACUCAAGCUACAUCUUCCAAUGCCGACACAAGUUUCAUUCAAGAUGGAGAUUCUGAGAAAUCUGAAGCCAACAGUGGAGCCUCAGCUAUGGAACAGGGGCUAUUUGGCACAGCAGCUAACACAGCCAACACUAAUACCAAAACUUUCAGUGACGAAGAUGGUCGCCAAGGCUCCGAUAGCAACUCAAACAGUCAGUCAUCCUUAACCGGUCCAAAUGGUCAACUAAACACUGCCAAUACCAAUACCAAGACUUCGAGCAUCGUCAAUGCCGAUGGAUCUACCUCCAACAUAGCUGACAGUUCAUCUUCAGGUUUUUCAAACAACGGCGGUCCCGUAUCGGUAUCAGCUUCUUCCGGAACUGGCACUGGACCAAAUGGAUCAUUUUCAAAUGCCCAAGGUUUGUCAAAUGCCAAUGGCGCUAAUAGUAACGGUUUUGGACAAACUGGCUUCCAAAGUUUCCCUGGUUUCCAGCAAUUCCAGCAAGGACAGGGAAAUCGCAGAGGUCAGUUUUCACCCUUCGGUAGAGGUCAGGCCAAUGCUUUCGGUUAAAUUGUAUCUCCUCUUUUUUCUUUUUGCACAAAAAUAAAAAAAUGUGUUUCCUUGCACCUUUGA